GGUCGCAAUUUCAGCUGUCAAAGUGUUGAUAUUUUAGCAAAAAAAUCUCUUGCUUAAAUUGUAAAAAUGGCCAUUCUCAAUAAAUUUAUACUAUUUGUAGGAUUUGUUUCACUGCUGCAUGCUGCCUAUUCUGCUGCUCAACAUCGAGCAUAUCUCCGGAUUACGGAUCAGGAGUUUUCCAAGCUUCCGGUCGAUGUUAUUUUCCAAGCGAUACUCAGUUUAUUCCUAAUCAUCUACAACGUGCUGCAAGUGGUAUGCGAUUUCAAGGAAAUUCGUGCCACUGUCGAUUUGCAAGCUAAGUCCUGGGAAACCUUGGGUAACAUACCGUCAUUCUAUAUGUUCAACCAUCGUGGGAAAGCGUUAUCGCCGGAUUACGAGCAACCAAACCCGGCGGCGGCCAUGGAUCGCUAUGGCGAUUCGGAUUGAUUGGGUUUAAUAUAUCACACAAUCCCAGUGCAGCCCUAAUUUACCGAAUGCUCAGUUCCUCCGAGGUGGCGACCGCACUCAGGCCGUUCUAUUUCGCCGUUCAUCCAGAUCUAUUUGGACGUUAUC